AAUGAGCGAAAGAGAGAAAGAGCGAGGCAUAGGAGUAGCAAGAAAAAUUCCGCGGCUCACAUAGUCCUCAAGCUAGACGAGUGAGAAAGAGACAGUAGAUAAUACGUCGGUGCUCGUCUAGUCCCCCACGCGUUACCUCGCACCGCCUCGGGCUGCCGUUCGCCGUCGCCUACGUAAUGCUGCUCAAAGUUUGCAUCGCUGGCCGAGCUUGGACUCUGGCUCUCGCCGACGAAAGCCUGUCCGCGUCCUUGAGGCACUUCUUGACAAGAUAUGUCAGAGAGGGGAUCUUCCCCCCAGCGUGGAAAAGCGAGGUUGGUUCUCCUUCCCAGCAGCCCUUCGGCCCAUAGGCCGAUAUACGUGCUGGACAAGAUGGUGAAACUUUCCGAAAUGAUUACCGCUGAUCGCCUCUUCCAGCAUCUGUCCACGGAAGGUCCGGACCUUCACGGUCACCAGUACGAAUUCCGCGCAGAUUCAUCCUGGACACAAUUCAUCGCGUCCAGUAGUUGACCCACGAGGCCGUGGAGCUCAGGGGGGGGGGUAUUGUUGGCGGUGUUGUUUGACAUAACAAAUACCUUCAACACUAUCCCCUUGGCGGAGGUUGGGCGGGCCUUGGGAUAUCAUGGAGUACCCCGUCUACCUUUGCCGUGUAUUGACGGACUAUUUCGAGGACAGGAACCUCGCCUAUACCAUCAGAGGCGGGGUCCAAGGCCGAAGAGUCAUGCACUGCGGAGUCUCGCAGGGAUCGGUGCUCGACUGCCUGCAAUAGGACUUCACGUAUGAUCGAGUGCUUCGUACUGCCUUCUCUCUCGGCUGUCACGUCGUUUGCUACGCAGACGACACGUGAUAGUGAUAGUCGGGGACCGGAGUUGUGGAAAAGCCCGAGUAGCCAGCACCGCAUCCGAAAGGAGCUCACAGCAAAGUGCCACCACUGCCCAGUGGAGCUGAAGGACACGGCACAGCAUACGCUGGAGAGAUGCUCUGCAUGGAUCCAGCAGCACCAUAUCCUCGCUCGGACAGUUCGUGGCGUGGAACCAAACCUCUCUUCCGGCCAUUUUCAGGGCCAUGCUCGGAAGGGAUGAGGUCUGGAUAGAUGUAUAUAAUACACGACGGGGGACGUCGUGUCCCGCAAAGAGACCGCCGUCCUCGUUGAGUUCGACGAAAUAGACAGCGCUCCACAUAGGACGACGACCCUGAGGUUGCGCCAGACGAGGCGCCUCUGAUUCCCCCCCCCCCGAAGGCGUCCUCGUCCCCCCAGGGCUCGUCUCUGUCCGCCGAUGGGAGGGACACCGGCCGCCCGCCGUAGGAAAAGGAGCGGGAUUACCCAUCCUCCCCUGUGUAUAUGUGUCCAAUAUAGUUUUACUUUUUUCAAUUAAUCAACAUUUUCAAUUAAUCAACUUUUUCAAUUAAUCAACAUUCAUGAAAAACACAUAGCUGGAAAUGAAUGUGAUUAGUCAAAAAUUUUUGAUAAUCAACAUGUAAUCAUUAACAACACAUAUGUGACACAUCGAUUUCUCGUUUUAAGCUAAUCUUUACUUAAAAUUUUGCAAUUCUAUUUAACUCGUUCACUACCACAAUACGUGUAUUUCGAGUUUUACGAGAUGUUCAUAUACGAGAUUUGAUAUUAUCAUUAUGCAGUUAGAUUGCCUUAGAGACUAUAAUAGACUUUGCCUCAAGUCUGUUUUACAUAAUCACAUAAAAAUAAAUAAAAUGUGAUCUAUAAUUUCCAAAAAUAUAACAUGAUAGCAAAUGUGUUAAAA